GGAAGCGUUAUCCACGGUUUCUUACCCAUGGCGUCCCAGGGGUCCGUGACGGUGGCUUUGCGGGUGGCCGAGGUGCUGGAGACCAUCGCGAACCGCUGCGUGGGGCCCGAGGGCGGCCAGGUGUUGUGUACGAAGCCCACCGGCGAGGUGCUGCUUAGCAGGGAUGGAGGCUGCCUCCUGGAGGCGCUGCACUUAGAGCAUCCCUUAGCCAGGAUGAUAGUGGCGUGUGUUUCCAGUCACCUUAAAAAAACAGGAGAUGGUGCUAAAACAUUUAUUAUUUUUCUUUGCCAUUUACUCAGAGGACUCCAUGCAGUCGGCGAAAAAGGAAAAGAUUCAUUCACUUCUGAAAAUAUUCAGAGCCAUGAAAGGCAUUGGAAAAACUGUUGUCAGUGGAAAUCUAUUUCCCAGGCUCUGCAGACGUUUCAGACACAAACCCUAGGUUGUAUUGUAGACCAGAAUUUAAGCAGGCACUACCUGUCUGUCUUUUCUUCAUCCACUGAAGGAAGAACACUGUGCAGGCGCUCUCUGGAGUUGCUCCUGGAAGCAUACUUUUGUGGAAGAGUGGGAAGGAACAAUCACAGAUUCAUUUCACAGUUGAUGUGUGACUACGUUUUCAAGUGUAUGGCUUGUGAAGGUGGGGUUGAAGUAUUUGAGUUGUUGGAUCACUGUUUUGUAGAGUUGAAUAUUGGCGUGACAGGCCUUCCUGUUUCAGAUUCUAGAAUCGUGGGUGGCCUUGUGCUUCCCAGAGACUUUUCUGUGUACUGCCCAGCAGAUGGUGGCAUUAGGAUGGUAAUAGUAACAGAAAUCCUCCAGCCUCUGUUUUCAUCGUCUGGGUCCGAGUUUGUUCUCAAUUCAGAAACACAGUUUCAGGCUUCUCAGUGCUGGAUCAUGGAUAGGACGAAAACAAUAAUGAACCACUUACGUAGUCAGAGUGUAAAACUGCUCCUGUCCAGUGUGAAGCAACCAGACCUGGUUAUUUACUAUGCAAGACUUAAUAGCAUAUCAGUGGUGGACUGUUUAUCAGCUGAAGAAGUUUCCCUUGUCCAGAGGCUCACUGGUCUUUCUCCUUGUGUCCUCCCAGAGGUCGCUUCACAGUGUGAAAUUUCUGAUAGUACUUUGGUGAAGUUUUGCAAACCCCUCAUCCUUAGAUCGAAGAGGUAUGUUCAUCUUGGCUUGAUUAGCACAUGUGCAUUUAUACCUCACUGUAUGGUCCUUUGUGGACCGGUUCUGGGUCUUGUUGAACAGCAUGAGAGAGCUUUUCAUGGAGCAUUUAAGAUGCUUCGGCGGCUAUUUACUGACCUUGAUCUAAAUUACAUCGCACAAACCAAACAGCAAUGUAACCCAAGUCCUCUUGCUUAUGACCAUAGCAGAGAGCGUAAUCACUCACCAGGAACUAGUAAGUAUCAGGGCAUAGUAACAAAGAACAAAAAUAAAUUGGAAACUCAACCACAUUUAGAAGUAUAUUCAGGUUUGGGGGCUUCAGAUGCAGACUCGAUAGCAGGUAAGCUGUGGUCAGCACACAAGAAGACACCAAUAGCUCCAUCCCAAACAGAUGAAAUACUGAAGUGCUUGCCUCAAGAAAGAAGCGGGAUAAUUGAUAACUGUGACCUGUCAAUUGAGAAUCAUUCCACUGGAAAUCCUACAGCAGAAGACACUAGAACAGAAAUUUCUUUGGAACAUGUACAGGUCACAGAUAAUCCGGGAAAGGGGUACACGUCACCAGUGAUAUGCAAGUCACUAGAUACCUGUACUUCUCGGGGUUAUUGUUCAUCCGCUGUGCCAGCAGGCUGUGUUCUGCCAGUGGGUGGACGUUUUGAGAUUUUGAUGCAUUUCUACCUUCUUAGCUAUGCCAAGCAAUGCCAACAAUCAGAUGAAACUGUCAUCAGCAUGUUAAUAGCUGAUGCUCUUCUAGGCGUCCCUAAAAUCCUUUAUAAGCCUAAGAAGGGAAGGGACAGUUUCCCACACAUAUACAUGCGGUCUCUCCAUGCACUGCAAGCCAGUCAACCCAUGGUAAGUGGUCAAUCAGGCUUCGAGUCAGUAGCUGGUAAGUACCAAUUACUAACUUCAGUUCUUCAGUGUUUGAUGAAAAUAUUAACCAUUGAUUUAAUAACCAACAUCAAGAGACAACCUCAGAAAGCUGGUGACCAAGAAUCAGAAGAUGAACUUUAACGCUCAGUUUCUUGUUGCUCAAACUUUCAGUCUGGGCCCAGGGAGAUGGCUCAGUGGGCAAAGGCAUUUAAUUCCAAACCUGACUGCCUGUGGUCAACACCCAGGGUGGAAGGAGAGGGUGAUGUCCUCUGUUGUACACACACGUUGGCAGACAAACACUAAAUGUUAGGGAAAAAUUUAUUCAGCUCAAGCUAAAUACUAAAACCGACUUCUGGUUGACUGAAGUCAAUCCAGUCCUUAAGUACAUUGAGUCCACCAGACCAUUCAGACAACAGAUAUCAGCUCUAUGGAACAAAAACUGGCUAAAUAUGUCUCCUUGUCACUGGUCUGCACUAGUCUGUAUCUAAGGGCGCUUGUCUCUAUAUCUCCCUCUUAUGUAUCUUUUUUCACUUCAUUUCCUUGAACUUUCUGUAUGUCAUAGUCAUGUAAUCUCCCAACUUGAACAAGGUCUCCACAUGCCAUCUUACAGUGUUUG